CCGCCAUCGCGUUCUUCCUCUUUUUAACAAUUUUCAUUUUGUGUUAUUUUUGUUAAUUUUUACAAAAAUCCUCAUAAUGGCCUUUACUACAAAGCGAUCAAGAAAGGAAACUGAAUCUAAAAGUUAUCUCUUUCUGCUUGAGUUGUGUGUAAAAUUCGGAAGUUUGCAAGCCUGUUCGGCAUUCCUGAAGGAAUUAAACGGGAAGAAAACCCAUGAGGAGAGCCUUGAUUUCAUGUACAAAACUCUCGAGAAGCACAAGUUGUUCCAAAAUAGGUUUAAAAGAGAUGAAAAAUGUGAUUUAAUGGCCAAUCAGUUUAAACUUCUGGGGAAUGUACAUUUUGCUGAGGGGGACUAUAAGCGGGCUUUGAAGUUAUAUACCAGGGCUAUAAUGGGGGCCAAAGGGCAAGAAAUGCUUGCUGUGUGCUAUGCUAAUCGUUCCGCUGUUUUAUUCAAGUUGGGGUUGUAUGAAGAGUGCUUGGUUGAUAUUGAAAGAGCUUUAAGUAACAAUUAUCCCAAUCGUUUGAAACCCAAAUUAGUGUCACGACGUGCUAAAGCUCUCGAACUCAAAAAACAAGAACCUAGAGUAUCUUUUCAUGAGAAGGCUCCUAAAAUCCCCACGUUUCGAAGAAACUCUUCAUUUCCUUGCGCUACCAAUUCGGUAUCUAUUGUAGUCGGUGAUAAAUCCCGAAAACACGUUGUUGCCACUAAAGACAUACAAGUUGGAGAAGUGAUUGCAGUAGAAACGCCUUUUACUGCAGUGAUAACACCUUUCCUCCUGUUUCACUGCUGCGACUGUUUCACUCUAUGUUACAACCCCAUUCCUUGCAAUUCUUGCACUGAAACUGUCUACUGCAGUGAGACAUGUAGAGAAAAUGCCUUUACUAAAUACCACAAGAAAGAAUGCCCCAUUCUCCGUUCUAUCAAAGAACUAAUUGGAAAUGAUUCCCGCCACUUUCACUAUGCCCUUAAAAUGGCUUUCUACGCUCAAGAAAAGCACAUUUCACACGCAAGCAAGUGUUGUGAUAGGCAAGAUUUUGUGGAUGAUAGUACCAUGACAUUGAUGGCAACCCUAUUUUACUACCUCGUUGAGACAUACACAACGGCUUUGCAAGGGGUAGGCGAAGCCGGUGUGAAGGAUUUCAAAAAGGCUUUGAUGUCGUACAUGCACAUUUGCGAACACCAUAUUUCAGACAUUUCGGAAGUUUACCUUAACGAUGGAAUAAAUAAUGAGUUAUCACUGUACAAGGACGAUUUUGCAAAGGCAAUUUAUCCGUUUUGUGGCCAAUUGAGACAUUCGUGUUGCCCCAAUGUUAACGGGUGGUAUCAUGGGGUGACGAAGGUUUUGAGAGCGGUCAGGACCAUCAAGAAGGGGGAGGAGUGUUUUGUCUCCUAUGGGCCCCUUUAUUCCGUCAUGGGGAGAAAGGAUCGUCAAAAUUAUCUCUUUUUCAUUUACAAUUUCAAAUGCAGAUGUCAAGCUUGCAAACAAAAUUGGUAUUUAAAGGAAGAUUUGUCAGCUGAAGAAGCUCUUGUGAACCACAUGCUCUUGUUCAACAAUAAUAAAUUUCACGUUGACGUCGCGAAAGCUCUUAUUAAUCGAAAAAUUCAAUUGGUAAAGGAACUGGAAAAGAGUGAACCAAAUGAUGAAUUAAUUCACCAACAAACAACGCUAUUUAAUUGCUUUUUGGUUCUAGCUAACAAGCGAGUGCCCUUCCUUUUUUUGUGUACGAAAAUGAGUGUGGCGAGUUGUAUUGCGAAAGUUUUUAAAAAAUUGGGGCAAAUCUCCACUUUUGUGCAGUUUCAAAGUCAGCUCUUGGCUUGUGUUCAGGACGACACGCGGAAUUCGGGAGAGUUUGUGCGGGAUUUUCACAAGUUGGGAAGCAAUGUCGAAAAAGUGGAUUUUUUGUAUGAUAAGAUGCGACAAUACGGGUUGCUUGAUGACAAGUACACCAAGGAUGAGAAGGAUGAUAAGAAAGCGAAGAAACACAAGGAAAAGGGAGAUAAGUUAUUUGCGACAGGGGCUUAUUCUAAAGCCCUUCAGUGUUAUACUAGAAGUGUUAUGAAGGCUAAAAGUCCAGAAGUCUUAGCCAUGGCUUACGCCAACCGGUCUGCUGCUUUAUUCAAACUAGAGCAGUUCGAGGAAGCUCUAAGUGACGUGGAAAGGGCUCUGUCGGGUGAUUACCCUGAAAAUCUGAAACCAAGUCUAGUGACACGUCGGGAGAAACUUUUAGGUUUUAUGGGGGCACACGGACCUGCUUUUAAUUUCUUCGAAUCAGUUCCGGAAAUCCCCGAGGACCAGAAAAAUGCCUCAAUUCCGGGCGCUAGCUCUUGUAUUGAAAUAAAACCGGAUGAAAAGUCCCGACGUCGAGUUUUCGCAGCCCGGAAAAUCGAAAUCGGGGAAAUAAUCGCAGUGGAAAAGCCUUUUACUUUCACACUCGCCGCUGCGGAUCUCUACCACUGCCAUGAGUGUUAUCAACUGUGUUACAACCCCAUCCCGUGUGAAAUUUGCAGCCAAUCAUUGUACUGUGGGGAGGAAUGUCGGGAAAAUGCCCGGGAAAAGUACCACCAAUACGAAUGCCCGAUUUUAAUUUCCUUGAAAAACAUGGUGGGAAAACACAAGGCUUUUCUUUUAGCAAUCAAAAUGUCGUUUAUAAUUCCGGAUGAAGAUGACGCUCCAGAAGUGUACGCUUUAGUGGAAAAUCUUAAUCGGAAAAACAGCGAUGAAGUCUUCACCACAGCUUUAAUAGCAGCCUUAAUGUACCACUUGGUGAAAACCUACACCGGAAAAUUUCCCGAAGACGAUUCAGAAGCUGAAAACAAGUUCAAACAUUUCCUUAUGAUCCAUUUACGAAUUUGCUUGACCCAUGCUGCUGGAAUCGACGAGCUUUGCCCCAACCAAGCCUCCGAAGGUCAAGAACCCGGCCAAGAACUGCUGCGAUUCAAAUCGGAAACCGUGGGUUGUGCCCUUUAUCCCUUUUACGCUCUUUUCAGACACGUCUGCUGUCCGAAUGUCUUUGCCCAUCAUCAUGGAACCAAACGUGUCCUUAGAGCGAUUCGAACCAUUCAAGAGGGGCAAGAGUGCUUUGUGUCCUAUGGGCCUUACUACGUCGAGCACAGUAAAGAAGAGCGCCAAAAUCGACUUUUGUCUCAAUACCAUUUCAAUUGUAAGUGUAAAGCGUGUGAGGAGGAUUGGCCCCAAUUGGAUUUGAACCCCUAUUAUUUGACUUCAAGGCAGGACUUGGAAUUUGUGGCGAAAAUUAGGGAUGCGAAUGUUGAAGCGGCUAUUGAGGAGGUUCCGAGGUUCUUGAGGCGUUUAAAAGAGUUGGAGGUGUUUGAGCCUCUGUCGGAAUUGACUCUCCAACAGAAACUCUUGUCUUAUUGUUAUGAUAUACUUGGAAAUAAAAGAAGAAUCCUGUAAUUUUUUAUUGAUAAAGUACAGUUUGUGGCAAUAGUA